GAUGGACCACAUCGAGGACACGCUGCAGCGGCUGCGGGAGGCCUUCAACGCGGGGCGCACGCGGCCGGCCACGUUCCGGGCUGCGCAGCUCAGGGCCCUGGGCCGCUUCCUUCAGGACAACAAGCAGCUUCUGCAGGACACGCUGGCCCAGGACCUGCACAAGUCGGCCUUUGAGUCGGACAUAUCUGAGCUCAUCCUCUGCAAGAACGAGGUGGACCUGGCCCUCAGGAACCUGCAGGCUUGGAUGCAGGACAAGCCAGCUGCCACCAACGUGCUCACGAAGCUGGACUCGGCCUUCAUCCGGAAGGAGCCCUUCGGCCUGGUGCUCAUCAUCGCCCCCUGGAACUACCCCCUGAACCUGACGCUGGUGCCCCUGGUGGGCGCUCUGGCCGCAGGGAACUGCGUUGUGCUGAAGCCGUCAGAAAUCAGCAAGGCCACAGAGAAGGUCCUGGCUGAGGUGCUGCCCCAGUACCUGGACCAGAGCGGCUUUGCCGUGCUGCUGGGCGGGCCCCAGGAGACUGAGCAGCUGCUGGAGCACAAGUUCGACUACAUCCUCUUCACGGGGAGCCCUCGUGUGGGCAGGAUCGUCAUGACCGCCGCCGCCAAGCACCUGACACCGGUCACUCUGGAGCUCGGGGGCAAGAACCCCUGCUACGUGGAUGACAACUGCGACCCCCAGACCGUGGCCAACCGCGUGGCCUGGUUCCGCUACUUCAACGCCGGCCAGACCUGCGUGGCCCCUGACUACAUCCUGUGCAGCCCUGAGACCCAGGAGCGCCUGCUGCCCGCCCUGCAGACCGCCAUCACCCGUUUCUACGGCAACGACCCCCAGAGCUCCCCAGACCUGGGCCGCAUCAUCAACCAGAAGCAGUUCCAGCGGCUCCGGGCACUGCUGGGCUGUGGCCGUGUGGCCAUCGGUGGCCAGAGCGACGAGAGCCAGCGCUACAUCGCCCCCACGGUGCUGGUGGACGUGCAGGAGACCGAGCCGGUGAUGCAGGAGGAGAUCUUCGGGCCCAUCCUGCCCAUUGUGAGCGUGCGGAGCCUGGACGAGGCCAUCGACUUCAUCAACCGGCGGGAGAAGCCCCUGGCCCUCUACGCCUUCUCCAACAGCAGCCAGGUAGUGAACCAGAUGCUGGAUCGGACCAGCAGCGGCAACUUUGGUGGCAAUGAGGGCUUCAUCUACAUGACACUGACGUCCCUGCCGCUGGGGGGAGUGGGCAACAGCGGCAUGGGCAGGUACCAUGGCAAGUUCUCUUUCGACACCUUCUCCCACCACCGCGCCUGCCUGCUCUCCCACGCGGGCCUGGAGAAGCUCAAGGAAAUCCGCUACCCACCCUACACUGCCUGGACCCAGCAGAUGAUAAGCUGGGCCCUGGCCUCCCAGAGCUGCACCCUGCUGUGA